AUGGGGGAGGCCGUGGCCGUGGUAAAGAUCGCAAAGCCGAGCUAUGACUCUCCUAUAGAUCCCACCAACGCUUUCCCUCUCCCUUCCCCUCUAAGUCUGGGACAAGGUCAUCUGAGAAUGGGUCAUAAGAGCCGCCGAGUUUCUAAUGGUUCCUCGCAGGAUAUCCAUCAGAACUCUGAUGAAGAUGUUGGGUCAUAUGUUCUGACGUUUUCCAACACCAACCAGGUCAUAUCCCUUCCAGUUCUGUGUCCUAAUCCAGCCUCUCCCGAGGAAGUUGCUGACCACACUCUGGACAUUUCAAGAAUUCUCAGAGUCUACAUCUCCAGAACUGAAGAAUUUAGAAGAUCGGAGCACCUUCUCGUUUCCUUUUCAGGGAAGAACAAAGUCCUAGGGACCGGCCCGUACAGGCUGCACAGUCAUGUGGACCGGGGUCUGGUUCUGGCCGUCCGGGUGACCGAUGCUGCUGUUACACCAAUGAGAGAAGAGCAGGAGAUGCUGGGACAUAGCGCAGACUUCAUGGUGACCCCGGGACUGUUCACCCCCAGAGCACAUGACAGGAACUUGGUCUCCUUGGAGGUUGCCGAGCGGCCAAAUUUCUUCAUACAUCUGGGCAGUAAUGGCACCUUACAUGUGUCCAAGUGGCAGAGAAGUGAGGCGUUCCAGAGAGGCGCCACAUUCAUCAUCCACAAGAACCGGUGGGCGGCCGGGUACAGCGCCUUCGAGAGCUUCGCCAAACCCGGGCACUUUGUGAGGAUCUCGUCGUCCUUCAUCUCCCUGAACAAAUAUCAUCACUCGGCAGCGUUUAGACUCUCCAGCCUCUUCAGGUUAUCAGAUUCUAAGUUACAUGUGAUUCCCCGAUCCUCCUGUGAGUGGCGCUACGAUGCUUGUACUAGUGCUUGUUACCGAACAUGCAGAGACCCGGCUGGGGAGCACUGUAAGAGUGUUCCUAGGGUUGAAGGUUGCUUCCCAUCGUGUCCACCAGACAUGGUCAUGGAUGAAGUCACCAGAAAAUGUGUCUACCUCCCGGACUGCAUUGAACCUGCAGUCAAUCUGACAACGUUACAAUUCCCAACAGAAGGCCCCAGACCGACCACCGUGAAGAACGUGACCGCAACACCGGCCCGGCCGUCAACAGGAGACCGUACAGUAACCAGAAUGACGUCCCACUCAACUGUAACCUACAGCCCCAAAUCAGGCACAACGAUUCAUGCUACAAUGGAGUCUGGUAAAGGCACCAAAUCCAAGACUGAUAUUGUGUGGACCCAGAGACAGACAGACACCCCAAAGUCUAUAACUGGAAUUGUCACUCCUCCAGGAUCGGCCACAAGAGUUAUGGCCACAUCGGUUACCGCCAUUCAAGGCUCACCUGUACCAUUCAAUAGAACCAGCACCGCCAUGUCCACAGCUCCAGGCACAGUCUCCAGAGAGGCCACGUCCUCAUACAUGUCAAGAGCCCUCCCAACCACUGGAGAGGCUCACAAGACCCCCGCAACAUAUCCUCCGCUGGCUGCUGGACAGCAGACUAGUGAAACUGUAGAUCAACAAGUGAAUUACACGACAACCAUGAGCUCCACCACAGCGUCCACAGGGCCACAAACAUCUACAACCAGAAGAACAAGCACAGGGCAUGACGUUUCCCAACCUGACCUGGGGGCUUCAUCCCUGACCACCACGACCACACACUAUACCCUAGUGUCCGGGCCACUGGUGAAUGUGACAUCAGCCUCCCAACCUGACCUGGGGGCUUCACCCCUAACCACCACGACUACACACUAUACCCUGGGGUACGGGCCACUGACUAAUGCGACAUCCAUCUCACAAUCUGUAAUCACAAAGGAAACAAGUAAAGCUCUGGAGACCAGCAGAUCCUCCACAGAUUCUAGUCCGUCCACCAAACAUACAAUCCUGAUGUCUCUCAAGCUGGUGACCGAAACAAAGAUGUCCAUCACGUCAGCCGUCACGGUCCUGCCCCCCACCACUUGUCUCCUAUUCGCAAGAAGGAAUGAGUCGGUCUCUCUGGACACACUCAGUAUUUCUGGAAUAACCUUCCCUGGGGAGACUCCAUCUUCUUCUCAUUCCACAUCAACUACAGUGAAACCCGCCGUGACCUUCACCUCCAAGAAGGCGCCAUCACCUUCUCAGACACCUCUGCUGAACUACAAACCUAUGACUGAAAGAACAGGAGCAACUCAGACUCCAGGUGUCUCUUCUCAGGCUGCAGUCUACAGACCUGUUCACACUACACCGGACGAGUACACAACUCAUGUGGUCACCAAAGUGGAAGGAACCAAGUUAAGAAGCUCAGAAGGUGCCACGGUGGCAGCCAACGCUACCACUAAAAUGGCCUCAUUGACUUCAGAGGGUCCGUCAGCCGAGGUAACAGGAACUUUCAUCACACACGGGGCCACACAACCCAGAACAGGGUCAAAGACCACAACUAAGUCCACGACACUCCUACUGGACCUAAAGAAUGUAACAGGUGCUAUAAAAUCCACUGCAUAUAGUGGAGGAAAACGAUCACCUACCGAUCACUCUCUAUAUGAUACCAAACUGCCCCACUCUUCUCGACUGACAACCAUAAUAAGGACAAUUAGUGUGACCAUGGUGCCAGGACCGUCAGAGAUGUCUACCUCUGCUGAGACCACCAUGACUCUGCCCACAAAAGCUUCUGAUCACCCUUUGUUCUACACCUCCAGAACAAUGCCAUCCACUAAUCCAGCAGAAUAUGUUGUGGCCUCACUAUCUCCAUCUGCUUCUCAUUCUGGACAAUCAGUGACACCACAUGCAACCACAGAGAAGAAGGAUUUCUUACCUGGCACAAAGACCACAACACCCAUCACUCCUUGGCUUGUACCUGAAACAAGGACCACAACAUCCAUCACUACUCGGCUUGAACCUGAAACAAGGACCACGACACCCAUCAUUCCCCGGCUUGAACCUGAAACAAGGACCACGACACCCAUCAUUCCCCGGCUUGUACCUGAAACAAGGAUCACGACACCCAUCACUCCUCGGCUUGUACCUGACACAAACACGACACCCAUCAUUCCUCGGCUUGUACCUGAAACAAGGACCACGACACUCAUCACUCCUCAGCUUGUACCUGACACAAACACAACACCCAUCACUCCUCGGCUUGUACCUGACACAAACACCACGACAUCCAUCACUCCUCGGCUUGUACUUGAAACAAGGACCACGACACCCAUCAUUCCCCGGCUUGAACCUGAAACAAGGACCACGACACCCAUCAUUCCCCGGCUUGAACCUGAAACAAGGACCACGACACCCAUCAUUCCUCAGCUUGUCCCUGAAACAAGGACCACAACACCCAUCACUCGGCUUGUACCUGAAACAAGGACCACGACACCCAUCACUCCUCGGCUUGUACCUGACACAAACACAACACCCAUCACUCCUCGGCUUGUACCUGAAACAAGGACCACGACACCCAUCAUUCCUCGGCUUGUACCUGACACAAGGACCACGACACCCAUCACUACCGAGCUGGUACCUGACACACGAACCACGACACCCAUCACUCCUCGGCUGGUACCUGACGCAAGGACCAUGACACCCAUCACUACCCAGCUAGUACCUGAUGCAAGGAGUACGACACCCAUUACUCUCCAGCUGGUACCUGAGGCAAGGACCACGACACCAAUCACUACCCAGCUGGUACCUGACACAGGGACCAUGACACCCAUCACUCCUAGGCUGGUACCUGACACACAGACCACGACAGCCAUCACUCCUCGGCUGGUACCUAAUGAAAUGACCACGUCACCCAUCGCUCCCCGGCUGGUACCAGGCACCAGCUCCAUGCCAGCCUUGUCUUCCAAGCUUAGUGCAAUAUCAUCUGAAUUCAUAAAAAAAACUACAGAAAAACCUAAAACUCUAUUCACAACAAGAGCGAGCAGAACUGAAGGAAGAGACCUGUCACCACAUGAAGGCGAUAAAACCACAGGUCACAUUACUCCUGCGCCUCAGUCAGUGACUAGAUCUGAAACGUUAGUGGCUCAUGGGGCAUCGUCUGAGGCUUGGAUGUCUCCAGGGUCCAUCGCUGAGGUGAAACAGUACUCGGCUGUAACGUCCGCUUCAGGUCCAGUCCUCGCAGCAGCUCUGCCCUCCACAAUGUCCCAUCCACCAAUCAUCACGUCACCGGGUUACCCCGCAGUAACUCUGACCUCUACAAUGUCCCGUCCACCAAUCACGUCACUGGGUCUCCCCACAGCAGCUCUGUCCUCUACAAUGUCCCGUCCACCAAUCAUCACGUCACCAGGUCGCCGUGAAGCAGCUUUGUCCUCUACAAUGUCCCAUCCACCAAUCAUCACGUCACCAGGUUACCCCGCAGCAGCUCUGUCCUCUACGAUGUCCCUUCCACCAAUCACGUCACCGGGUCACCCCGCAGCAGCCCUGACCUCUACAAUGUCCCGUUCACCAAUCAUCAUAACACCGGGUCACCCCGCAGCAUCUCUGUCCUCUACAAUGUCCCGUCCACCAAUCAGCAUGUCACCAGGUUACCCCGCAGCAGCUCUGUCCUCUACAAUGUCCCAUCCACCAAUCAUCACAUCACUGGGUCACCCCACAGCAGCUCUGCCCUCCACAAUGUCCCGUCCACCAAUCAUCAUGUCACCGGGUCACCCCACAGCAGCUCUGUCCUCUACAAUGUCCCAUCCAACAAUCAUCACAUCACCGGGUCACCCCACAGCAACUCUGACCUCUACAAUGUCCCAUCCACCAAUCAUCACAUCACCGGAUCACCCCACAGCAACUCUGACCCCUACAAUGUCCCGUUCACCAAUCAUCACGUCACCAGGUCACCCUGAAGCAGCUUUGUCCUCCACAAUGGAGCGUCCCUCAAGUUUCACCUUGCCUGGUCACCUCACAUCCCACUCUCCAGUCAGUGACCAUACUGUGGUGACUCCUGAUGUUGGUACGAAACUUCAGUCAUCUUCAGCCAAGACACCAGAACAUUCCACUUGGGGAGAAACGUCCCAGCCCGCUCCACAGCCGCGUUAUCAGACAUCUCCUCCUGGAGUCACCACCUAUGUCCCCGCGACUCCCAUGACACAUGAUAUACGUGUUACAGGCAACCAGACAGCAUCCCCCACCCUAAGUCCAACAGAAUCGGGGUCCCCUCGACUCCCACUGAUGAUGAUGACUUCAUUGAGAACCUUCAAUGAGACAGAACGGUCUUACCCUGACCUCUGGAGCAGCACUCCGGGCAUCACUGCAGGAAUCACAGUCUCUUCCUUGUCAUCCAGAGAACCUGCUACAAGCCAGAUGUGUACGCCGUACACAGAGAACGAAUGCAUUAAACAUAUCUGUGUGGAUGGACAAUUAAUCCAGGUAAAUAAGUCCCAGCAUUGUCCCUACAAUGUGACACAGCCGAGCUGUGGCCUCCUUGGAUUCGCUGUCCAGAUCAAUGGGGAUCGCUGUUGCCCCAAAUGGGAGUGCGCCUGCCGCUGCUCCAUCUUCUCCGACUUGAGCUUUGUCACGUUUGAUGGCCAUUAUCUGGCGGUAUAUAAAGAAGCCUCCUACAUCCUGACUCUGACUGAAGAGGAGUCCAUUACGGUGCAGGUCUCACAGUGCAGACACAACCAGCAGGUCAAUGAGAGCGACAUUACCCUCUGUUUGUCUGUUUUGGAGCUGACCUAUAUAUCCAACCAGAUCAUCAUUGAUCGAUUAAACCGGAAAGUUGUUGUGAACUCGAGGACAGCCUGGCCAAUGGUGCGGAAAUAUGGGUAUAAGAUCGUGGAUACCGGGAAUAUGUAUCUGAUCCACACUCCGUCCGACGUGAAGAUUCAAUGGUUCCACAGCUCCGGCCUGAUGAUCAUUGAGUCCAACUCCACCAGUAGACCCCCAUCCAUGGGCCUGUGCGGGUUCUGUGAUGGAAAUGCCACAAAUGACUUAAUUUUGCCGACUGGCCGAGUCUUGUCCAGGAGCGAGGAUUCGGAGGAGUUCGUGGACAGCUGGCAGGUUCCUUACACCUUAAAGUAUGUAGGAAAAGAGCGACAGCGGGACGUGAACUGCACGGUCAUGGACUGCUCCGAGUGCAUGGAGAUGAUCCUACACCACACGUUCAGCAGCUGCCACCAAUAUGUGUCUCCAGACGUCUUCUGUGAACUAUGGGUGAAGGACGUAGAAUACACUCAGGACCCGUGUAAAGCUCUGACCGCCUACACCGCCAUGUGCCACAAGUUCAAUGUCUGCAUCGAGUGGCGGAGACCCGACUUCUGUCCAUUUCACUGCCCUCCAUCUUUGAUCCACCGAGCGUGCCUUCCGGUGUGUGACAUCCCGGCCACGUGUCAGAACAAUGAGAUUGACCUGUAUGGCAGUGAGUCUUGUAUCGCGCUGACCGAGGGCUGCGUGUGCGCGGAGGAUGACGUCCUGCACCGGCCAUACACCGCUGUGUGCAUUGCAGAGAGUAAAUGUGCUUGUACAGAUGGCAGCGGGACCCCGCGGGAGAUAGGAGAGGUGUGGUGGACCCCCGGGGCCGGGUGCUGCGGAUAUCAGUGUGUGGAUAAUGACACCAUAAUCCCUGUGCAGCAAAACUGUUCAGAUCCACCGGAGCCACAGUGCAGGCGCCACGGAGAGAUGCUGGUGUCCGUGUCCCUGCAGGGGAAGUGCUGUCUUCAGAAACUCUGCGUGUGUAAUGAGACGCUGUGUGACGGCCCGAUUCCGCUGUGCCGCAGCCAUGAGAAGUUGAUCGCAUAUUACCAAGAUGGCUCCUGCUGCCCCCGAUACUCCUGUGAGUGUGACCCUGCGAAGUGUGACUCGGACGGACCCCCUCAGUGUCGUGAAGAUCAGAUCGUGUUUGCAGCUCCUGGCAAUGAAUCGUGCUGCGGCACAUACUUCUGCGGGUGUAAAGUCUGCUCCGAGCCAGUGCCCACAUGUCAGCAGGGAGAAGUCCUCACCGUCAGCGGUAACCUCACCGAGAGAUGCUGCCCCACCUACCGAUGCGUGUGCGAUGUCGCUCGAUGUCCGGAGAUCACAUGUGACCUGGGAAUGUCGGCUGUCGAGAUGUGGACCCUAAAAAGCUGCUGCCCCUACAGGACGUGUGGAUGUUCCUGUGACAAGGUCCCUAGGCCGGAGUGUAAUGUGGGCGAAAAAUUAGAAAUUGAUGAAGAAUUAGUGACCUCUGCAGGAAACCCCUGUAACUGCACGAUAUAUAAAUGUGUGAAGGACAUUGUGUGUGUCAGUAAAGAGCAUGGUGUUCUGCAUCCAGGACAGACGGUGGUCCAGCACACGUCGGAGGGGAUGUGUCACUCUUCACACUGUACGGCGGCCAUCGAUCCCAUCACUAAAUAUCAUCUGAUCAACGUCUCCUCCCUGAAUUGCUCUGCCAGGUGUAAAGCGAAUCAGCUGUAUGAGCCUCCAGGAGACGUGACCCGGUGCUGCGGACGCUGCAGGAACGUGUCCUGUGUCCACACCUUACUGAAUGGUACAGUCCUAACUCACAGGCCCGGGUCUACCUGGAUUUCUAAGUGUGUCAGAUAUGACUGCACAAACACCCCCAUAGGACCAGUGUUGGUCACCUCCACCGUCAGCUGCCCCCCCUUUAAUGAGACUGAAUGCAUAAAGAUGGGAGGAUACGUGGUGUCGUUCUUAGACGGAUGCUGUAAAACAUGUAAAGAGGAUGGAAAGUUCUGUAAGAGAGUCACCGUGCGGAUGACCAUCAGGAAGAACGACUGCAGAAGUAACACUCCGGUGAACAUCGUGUCAUGUGACGGGAAGUGUCCGUCUGCCAGUAUCUACAACUACAACAUUAACACGUAUGCGCGCUUCUGUAAGUGCUGCCGCGAGCUGGGGCUCCAGAGACGGGUCGUGCAUUUAUAUUGCAGUGGAAACUCCACCUGGGUGAACUAUUCCAUCCAGGAGCCCACGGACUGUUCCUGCCAGUGGUCCUGAGCGCUGCGGCACGCCAAGACGACGGAGGCUCGGCAUGGUGGACUCUGUAUAUAGUCACCGCUCCCGUCUUAGGCCAAGGAAAUGUGCCAGAAAACUAGGUCUGUCUCGGCUGCAGAAGGUUGUGUUUCUCUCAUUCGGUUGUCUGAGAUCUUCACCCCACGCAGCAUCCAUGAGACCUUCCUGGCAGCGGCCGAAUGGUGUCUGACAUGGAUGAAGCUGCUCAGGUCACCUCUCCCGAUCGUCUCCCAUCAUCCUCCAUGUGUGGCCCCUUCCAUAAGUGACCAGGGUGAGAUGGAUCCAGUGGCCGCUCCGGAUUUAUCAGCCUCCAGUGCAGGACAGGUUUCUUCCCAGCAGGGGGCAGUCGGGAGUGCUGUGGACAGGUCAUGUGGUCCUUGCCCCAGGGCUGGUCAUGGCCGCGUCUCUCCCCAUCAGUCAUGUUGGUGCCGCACUGUCACCAGUAAGUAUGUGAUGCCGCUCCCGGAUCGGAGCACUUACCUGAAAAGCUGACAGUCACUCUGUGCCCAGAUCACAACGCUGACAAUAAAAUGAGAAAACCUGA